AUUUAAUUCCUACCCUAAAAUAUACCUAUUAAUUUCCCACACUUUUAUCUUUUUUCUCUCCUUUUUUUUUAAAUUUUUUUAUCAUAUCAUUUUAUCAAAAUUAAUUUUUAAUAUUCUUUUUACAUCAUAUGGGGUAAUUGUUGCUGUGAUGUAAUUUUAUAUUGAGAAGAAUCUAUCAAGUAUAUAAAUUAAAAGGAAGAGGAUGUUUCUAAUAAAAAUGUAAGGGAGGGAAGAAGAAUUCCCGUUAUUUAUUUAUUUACCCCUAAAAAUAAAAAGAAAAAAAAAUUUUUUUUGAUCGCCGUCCCAGUUUUAUUUAUUAGAAAAUAUCCGGUUAUUACAGGAAAGAAGAAACAAAUAAAAGUACAACAACAACAAUAAAGCUUUCUAUUCAAAAAUUUUUUCUUGUUUUGUAGAUCAACAGAAAAUAAAGAGGGCGAUUAAUUAUCCGCUUUAUUUAAUAAUAUUUUUAUUUAGUAAUAUUUAAAAAAGCUUCUUCCCAAAAAUUAUUUAAUUUAAUUAAUUAAAAAAACUUUUUAGAUUAAAGUAAAUUAAAGAAAAAUUAAGAAAAAAUGAAAUUUGGAAUGAAAAUUAGACUUAUUUGGGCGGCCAUUGGCAUUUCUGCUGGAAUAAUGGCGGGGACUGUUUUUUGGAUAAGCUAUUCUGUAGGUUGAUAAGUUGUUUUUUUAUCUAUUUUAUCCGUAUCUCGUCCCUAACCGAAUUUCCAACCUCUUCGAAUGUUCAGUCUUACAGUUAUUUCGACUUGAUUCGUUCCUGUAUACCAGAGGGGUCAGAAAUGACGAAGGUGCCGGAACUUGGAACUGUCGGAAAUCGGAAAUGGCUCAAAAGACGGAACUCGGAAAUCGCAAGGAAAAAACAUCGGAAAUUGGAAUUCCGACCCACCUUUGCUGUAUACCUUCUGAUGCAUCUCACCUAACCCAAUACCUCUAUUUACAUAUCUUAGACUAUCCACAAAGGUGGGAUAAUAUAAAGAUUCUCUUAAAUAUCAAACACAAAAAGUAUUUUUCAUUAUUUUAGAAUUAUUUGGCAACAGGAAUGGCCUAUUUCAGUACAAUUUGUGCAAUAUACCUUUACUAUACUCAUUGGGCAUAUCACAAAUCUUGGAUGUUCGAUUGGUCAGAAACACGUGUUAAAAUCGCUUGGAUGUCUAAUUUAUUUAUUUGUAUAUUUGGAUUUAUUGGAAUGACUGUAUGUUUGAUAUUAGCUGGAAUAUGGCAACAAACUUUGACACGUGAAGGGUUGCUGGGUGAAAAUUUGUGGAUUGCUGCUGUCUGGUUUUGGAUGAGUGGAAAGUGGGCAUUAGCUUCAUGUAUCUACACUCGACAUUAUUCAAAAGAGAUUGUCAAACAAAGCGUCAAUUUCAUUCGUGAACAAUAA